UAAUCAUUUGUUGUUAUUCAACGUCAAGAUACAUCAGCAAUGUCUUUUUCUUCAUUCGAGGAUAAAUUUUUAUCUUCUACCACCUGCUUACACUUGUGUGAGAUUAUAUUACCGAGGCAACAAAACUAAUCAAGAAUUGCCAUCAUUUGCCACGAUCCAGAAAGGAUCGUUUGGCAUGGCGGCAAAGAACCUGUUCUGUUUAGUUCACUUCAACUUAUUAUAAGUAGUGAUCAGUAGUUAUUAUCAUGACUCGUUUUUUCGCUUACGUAACUAUAUAUUGCAUUCCUAUCAAGGUGAAUUUUUUAUAUCGGUCGUAUCAGUCUGUAUCGUGGUGAACUUCGAAAAGAUUAAUCGUAUGAGGAUCAACGCGAAAGUGAAGUAGAAACGUAAAAAAGAGUAUAGAAUAUUAGUUUGACAGUUACGAUCGAACCGCCCGAACGAAACGUAAACAAUCACCAUGGCAAAGGAAAUGAUGAUAGUUUUUGUCUUUGACACAUCAAGAUGUUGUAAAGAAGAAGAUGAUCCUGCAGAAGCAGUUAUGUACUUCCAUCCAGCAUGGGUAUCACCUACUCAAAGACUUGCUUUAGCAGGCCAAUUGAUGGGUGUUAAUCAGUUUUUAGCAACAUCAUUUUCUCCACCACAUUCAAUUUCACUGCAAGGUGGAAAAUUUGUUUUCAAAAAGUUUGGUCAAUAUAUACUUGCAGUAGGAACAGACAGGAAUAUACAUGAUUGGGUUUUAGAAAGAAGAGCAAACACCUUGGAAUCAAUAUUGAAAUUUUUUCACUGCGAUCUUGUAAAAAUAUCAGAAUCUUUCAAUAAUGAUAGAAACAAAUUUACUGAGAAACUAUAUCAAAUGUUUGAAACUUACUUACCAAUUCUUCAAUACAGUGCCAAUUUAUUUUCUAAUAUUCCUGUUAUUAAACUUCCAAAGAGUGCCAGUAAUAUAUUUUUGGAAGCAAUACAAAUUUUACAGUAUUGUCAAGAGACAAAUGGAAUUAUGGGUGGUGCUCUAUUUUACAAUAACAAGGUAGUUGCAACACAAUUGAGUGCAGAUUUAACUAAACAAAUUGUUAUAAUGGAUCCAUAUAGAAUAAAGGCACCUGCAGAGAGAGUAGAUACAGAAUUUCAUUUGCCCGUGGGAGUUCAACUACUACGAGUAUACAUACAAGAAAAACAAUAUACUAAAUUAGUACAGGAAGCAAAUAAUGAACGUUAUUUUAAUUCGUAUUUAGAUUCCAUGGCACAAAAAUUUUCUUCUCAGAAAAAGACCAUGCGUAAGAACAGUAUGAAAGAACCACAUCUAACAAAACGCGACACAUCACGAAUUUUUACGGUACCUGAAGAAGGGGAGUUAGAACCAAUGCACUGCAAUAAUGGUGCGACUAGUAUUUCUUCUCUUCCUAUUACUGCAUAUAGUUCACCAGUGAAGCGUAAACAAGAGUAUAAAAUAGAAGGAUACGAAUGUACGAAUCCACAAACACCAAGCGUUUGUUCUACGCCUCUUAAAGAUGUAAAUAGAGUUCUACAUGGAUCAGCAGUUUUAAUAUGCAAUAUGAAUGAUAAUGCAGAUAUUUCAAAAGAAAAAGAAGUAAAAGAGUUAAAAGAAAUAAAGGAAAAUAUGGAUGAUAUACCAGAUGUUGUCAAAGAAGCACUUCGUUGUAAACAUUUAAAUAAACUAAGGAAUCCUUCUACCAGAAGAAAAUCAUGGAGAAGCAAAGACUUGAUCAAAAGAAGUUUAAGCACAUCUGAUUUAGAAGCUUCUUUAGAUAAGAUUUCUCCUGAUAUACCACUUAGAACAUAUACAUUAGGAUUACCAAAGUUAAAUAAAAAUUUGCAUAUUAAUUAUGACAUUGACAUGUUGCCAAAUAAAUUGUCAGAGAAAAACAUUUUUCAUACAAUAACUGAUCCAUGUUAUCCAGUGUUCCGUUCUGAUGGAUUACCUGUUUCGCAGGCACUGUAUGAACAAUAUAUAGCUUCGCAUUAUGAAGAACUUAAAGAUGAUAGUACUACAAUUAAUAAUUAUACUGACAAUCGUUUUCUUAAUUUAUCGGAUUCCUUAAAUAAACUGUCUAAAACUAAUAACGAAAGUGCUGCUGGAGAUAUAAAGAAAGAUGAAACUGCUGCAUCUUUUAAUAUGGAACUUGAUAACAAAAGUAAACAAGAAUCUAAUAGAAAAGCCAUGAGUUUACCUUUGAAACCAUUAAAUAUUUUGGAUAAUGAUGACAAACGUAAAUCAGAACCCGAAUGUAAUAACGAAUACAAUUUAUUGCAGAAAAGAAAAUUAGAAGGCUUACAAUUAACACCUCUUAUGUCUAAAUUGACCUUACUUGCUGAUGAACGAACCAGUGGUUUUUGCAGUAAAGAAACAACACCUAGUGAAUUUCGUGAUAUAUUUGGAUUUUCUUCUGCAACGAAUCAGUUAUUGAAACAGAAAUUAGAAGCGGUAAGUAAGGAAACGGAUAAAGAGAAUGAAAGUAAAUUGGAUGAAAGUGAAUGCAUCGGUGCUACUAAAGAUGAAAGUAAUAUAGUACAAAUUGAAUUAUUCCUUUGUGGACAUCAAAAUAUGGUCUUGGUUUUAUUAAUGGAAAAUGGAACUGCUAACAAUCCAGAUUUAAUACAUUCUCUUUGGCAGACUUGUAUCAAGACACUUGGCAGACUUGAAUCUCAAUUGCAACAAUGUUUAGAUCCCCUUCCAUCAAACGAAAAUAAAGAAUUAUAUAGCAUUUUGAGUGUUGAUGCAGAGUGGGAUACAAUACAUCGUUCUGGACUUUGGGGAGUUACAGAAUUGGAUAUAGUAUCAUGUCUUCAUGAUAGAUUCAAACAAGCCAGUAAUCUUACUGACGUUAUUGUUCGGACUGAAGAUGCUGUUGUUUUUGGUAAUCAAUGUGGACAGAUAGAAGUAUUUUAUCAACAAGCAGUAGCUCCAAAUAUAUCAGGGGGUCUUCCAACACCAGCAGAUUUAAUGGGAACUAUAUCUUUAAAAGCUAAACGUAGACUUGAAAGAGACCAUGGAAUUGUAUUACUAUAAAGUUAAAUUAUUUUAGCAAAUUUAUGAUUUUUAAAGUGAUAUAUAAAUUUAAUUCUCUAUUUAUUAACAUUAAAUAGAGUCCUCUAAAAUGAUUUUAUUAAGUAUUAUAUGUACAUAGAUUUUUUAAGGUAAAUUAUUAUAAGUAAAUUCAUAUAUUGAGUCAUUGACAUAUCUGAAGCCUAGCUUAUUCGUACGAGAACGUAAUGAGUGAUCUGUAAUAAUAAUAUUAUUGCUGCUUAUUGUUUAUAACUACGUACAGGCCAUUUAUAUAUUUUGUGAAAAAAAAAACAAUUUAACAAUGGUUUCUCGUUCACAAAAAGUACUUAAACGUUUCAUUGAUAAAAAUGAUCAAGAAUGACUUUUCUGACAUAAACUCGAGGUACAUAUUUGUUAACGGAAUUUUCAAAAUUAAUAUCAUUUAAAUUUUUUAAUUUAAGUUUUAAUUUUGAUUAUUUUGUAUAUGGUAUUUUUAACUUGUUAUUUUAAUUUUAUUCGUUUAUACAUAUUUUUUUCUAAUAGAAUGAUUUAUUUAUAUGAUUAUAGAUCCUAAUUAAUAUUAAUUAUUAAUUGUUUUCAGAUAUUUCUAUAAAUAUUAUUAUAGUCCAUAAAAUCUUUUAUGAGUUUUACCAUUUUUAUAUAUUUAGAAUUUAUAUUUUUGUAUAUUUUACUUCUAUACUUAUUGAUAACUAAUCUUUUCUCAUAAUUUUAUAUUGUUUGGGGAAUACCAUUAUGUUGCUGAGAAAAAAAUUUUAUAUCAUUCGCCAGCAGUAUUUGAUAAUUGAACUGCUACGAAACAUUAUUUUCUCAAGUACAACAGAUACUAUAUUUUGAUACAUAUAAAUAAUGUGAUUUAUAUCCAUAAUUGUUAACACAUUCAGUAAUAUAACUGAAGAAGUUUGUCCAAAAUGUAACAAAAAAGAGGACUAAAUAUAAAAGUGUCCUUAUAUCUCAGUUUUCUACCAAGCAAAAUCAUUUGUAAGUCUAUCAGCCUCUUUUUUGAAAGAUCUCUGUCAAAUUAAACUAUGCAAUAUUUAUAUAAAUGAUGAUAAUACACAUCAAUAUAAUAUGUUGAAAACUGAGUUUAAUUCACUUUUAUUACCUCUUUUACAACUAAUUUUAAUGUGUAUAUGUAUAUUCCAUAUGACAAACAAUCAUAAAAAAUGUUUAUUCUUUAAAUAGUUAAACGAUAACAUCACUUUAUAAUUCACUUCAAAGUUACAUCUAAUGUAACAAAUUUGUACUAGUAGCUGCAUUUUAGAUCUUAAAACUGAUGUAUACCAAAUAUUCAGCAACUCAAGAUAUUAAAUUCAAGUUAACGUAGGAGUACUCUGAUAUGAAUGUAGGAUAAAAAUGAUAUCAUAACUUAUUCUUAUGUGUUAUUACUUUUCAAUGAUAUUCUUGUCAUUGUAUUAUUAUGUUAUUUUAGAACAUAAAAUAUGUUAUUUUAUAAUGUAUGCAAUACGUUACAACAAUUAACAUAAAAAAUCUAGUACUUAGCAAUGUACUUACGUUCUUCAUACAUAUGUUUAUCUCUUUUAUUAAAUUAGUUUCUUCUAUAAAUAUAUAGAAAUGAAUGUAUAACAAAGUUCGGAUAAAAUUAAUCUGGAGCUUGCUGCUCAAUUACUAGAGAUACGAUGUAGUGCUGCUGAUGAUUAAAUUAAAACAUUAGUAUAAAUUGUAGAUUUCGAUGAUAGACAAAUAAUCACUGUACUUGAAAGAACUAAAUUGUAGAUACUCUCGAUAUUUCAUUAAGUUGUAAUCAUUUAUCGAUAGUACUUAAAACAUGCUUUUUGUAAUUUUAUCCGUCGCAUAGUCUAGUCCUCUGAAUUACUUUUUAUAAAACGAAAUAUAGUCUUGUCUGCUAAAUAA